UCGGAGUCCCCUGUGCAGGCGCUAGUCUGCCAGUGAAACUUUGGGUAGCAACCCUGGCGGGCCCAGUCUAUUUGCUGGCGCCCGUUCUAGAACCCGGCGUGCGUCUCGAUGCAGCACCCACAAAAGUGAUAUAUAUUGACCCAGGGAUCCCGAUGCUGGCUGCCAGUGAUGUUUGGGGUUCUUCAUGAAUUACCAAGUCGAUAGUGUGCCUGCCAGCAGCCACCACGGUUACAGCGAUAACCAGAUCUGCCAGUGGUACUGCUGUGCCUGUGGACAGAGUUACGGGUCCAUCAUCUACCGAGACCACAGGCCUUCAGAUCCAUCCAUGUCCGCCACGCCCACCACGCCCACCAUGCCUGCCGCGCCUGUCGCGCCUGCCACCCCCGCUAAGUCGCCCCACUGCCUCAACGAAUACCUUCUCCAGUCCUUGAAGCACUACAGCCUGCUUAUUUACAACCACGCGCCUCCAACCGCCAAUGUGGACUCCAACUAUACCACCGACACCCCGGUGCGAUCGCCUGGCUCAUUCGAGGAGGUUCCCUCCUUGGCGGGACCCCGUGACGGGAUCUCCUUGAAGGUGCCUACGCGCUUCACCUGCCACCGCUGCGACCACAUGAUGUGUCCCUACUGUCCCAAGGUGCGAGUGAAGGACUUGGCGUACUCGUGAAGGCGCCAUGCCUCCGUCAUCUGUGCUUGUGGGCCCAGCUAGCCACACAAGACCAUCCCUGUGCAUCCAUCCUGGCAUUACAAUCUACUAUGUGCGACGUGAUUCUUGGUUUUCUUGUAAUAUAGGCGCGACAAGCUGUGCUUGUGGCCCAGUCUAAUAUAUGAUUUAAGCAGAUAUCGUAGCCCAUGCUUGGGAAUUGUG